CAGACCUGCUAAGUUUUUCCAGGGAAGAUGGCGGCGGAGCUGGAGGCUGAUCCCGGCCCCGGGAAGAAGCGGCGGGUCCGCGGGAUGCUGAAACUUUAUUAUGGGAUGAAUGAGGGCGCUCGGGAGCCGCUGGACCCGGGGGACAUCGACGGGGCCCACUUCGAGCCUGAGUUUUACUUAAAUAAGCUAAGGAAAGAGUGCUCGCUCGCGGAGCUGAUGGAGGGCGAGGCUGAGAUGGUGAAGCACAUCCGAGCGCUCGACAGCGACAUGCAGACCCUGGUCUACGAAAACUACAACAAGUUUAUAUCAGCCACAGACACCAUCAGGAAGAUGAAGAAUGACUUCAAAAAGAUGGAGGACGAAAUGGAUUGCCUGGCGACCAACAUGGCAGCCAUCACGGAGUUCAGUGCUCGCAUCAGUAACACCCUUCAGGACCAGCAUCAGCAGAUCACUAAACUCUCAGGCGUGCAUACAUUGCUGAGGAAACUCCAGUUCCUGUUUGAACUCCCCGCUCGGCUGAAUAAGUGCAUCGAGCUGGAGGCGUAUGGGCAAGCCGUGCGAUAUUACAGCAAAGCACGCUCAGUGCUGCAUCAGUACCAGCACAUGCCAUCUUUCCAGGGGAUUCAGAACGACUGCCAGAAGAUCAUGUCUGACCUCGCGCAGAAACUCAGGGAGAAGUUCAGGGAUGCCGGUUCGAGUGCCAAGGAGUUGGCCGAGUGUGUGGAGCUCUUGCUGCAGCUGGAGGAGCCGGCGGAGGAGCUGUGCGACGAGUUCCUGGCGCACGCCCAGUCCAGGCUGGUGGAGGAUUUGUCCGCGUUGGAGGCCGAACUGGGGAAGCCAGGGCCUGAGCCCGAGCGGAGUCCCCCCACCCCCCUCUCUGACAUCCUGGAGUUCACCGACAAGGGCUGCAACGGCUUCAUCAGCAACAUGUGCCUGGUGAUCGCCUCGUACCAGGACCUCUUCGUCCACCGGCCCGCGGCCAGUGGCCUGGGCAGCCGGGCCGUGGCACAGAUGGCCAGCGCCAAGCUGGUGGAGUUUGUCAACCGGCUGAUGGGUCGCUACUUCGCCCUGGUGGAGCGGAGGAUCCGGGCAGAGAAGGGGGUGGGCGACAACUCGUUGCUGGUCCGGGGGCUCGACCGCUUCCACCGGCGGCUGCAGGCCGUCAUCAAGCUCCUGCCCGCCUCCAACAUCGCCACCGAGGGCACGGAGAUCGUGGUGCGGGCCGCCAAGGAGCGGAUUCGCCAGUACCUGCAGGCGCUCCAGAGCUUUUACACCGACUGCCUGACCGACGUGCGCCAGUCGCUGGCCGCCCCGCGGCUCCUGGGCAAAGACAGUGCCAACUUGGCUGAACUCUUGGGCACCAUCUCCGCCUCCAUCCUCAACCAGAUCAAGUCUGUCCUGGCCUACGUCCACCUGUUUACCGCCAAGGAUAUCACCUUCUCGAACAAACCCUACUUCAAGGGGGAGUUCUGCAGCCAGGGUGUCCGUGAGGGGCUCAUCGUCAGCUUCAUCAAGUACAUCUGCUACACAGCGCGCCAGUUCUGUGAGACGGCGGGCGAGAAAGGCGCCACGCCCCCGGGCCUGCUCCUGCUGCUGUCUCGCCUCUGCCUGGACUACGAGACAUCCACGAUCAGCUACAUCCUGACCCUGACGGACGAGCAGUUCCUGGGGCAGGACCAUUCCCCAGUGACCUUGGUGACCGUGCUGUGCGCUGAUGCUCGGGAGGCUGCUCAGAAGCUGCUGAAUCACUACGUGAAGGUGCAGGGCCUGAAUGUGUCUCAGAUGCUGAGGAAGAGCGUGGAGACCCGGGACUGGAUCAACACCAUUGAACCCCGCAACGUGCGAGCUGUGAUGAAGAGGGUGGUGGAGGACAUAACCUCUAUUGACGUGCAGGUGGGUUUGCUGUACGAAGAAGGUGUGAGGAAGGCGCACAGCAGCGACUCGAGCAAGAGGACCUUCUCUGUGUACAGCAGCUCACGUCAGCAGGCACGCUACGCCCCGAGCUACACCCCCAGUGCUCCGAUGGACACCAACCUCCUGAGUAACAUUCAGAAGCUGUUCUCCGAGCGGAUAGACAUCUUCAGCCCUGUCGAGUUCAACAAGGUCUCCGUCCUGACGGGAAUCAUCAAGAUCAGCCUCAAGACGUUCCUGGAGUGCGUGCGGCUGCGCUCGUUCGGCCGCUACGGGCUGCAGCAGAUCCAGGUUGACUGUCAGUACCUGCAACUCUACCUCUGGCGCUUUGUCUCCGACGAGAACCUCGUCCACUUCCUGCUGGAUGAGAUCGUGGGCAGCACCGCCCACCGCUGCCUUGACCCUGUCACCAUGGAGCAGAGCGUCAUCGAGGUCAUAUGCGAGAGGGGCUAAACCGGUGUCCGGGAUUGGGGGGGGGAGAUGGGUGGUGGGGUGGGGGUUAGAGUUGCACAUUCCUGGCAGGCGAACUGGUCAAAAUGCUUUGGCUGCUCUUUGCAAGUGUUAAUUUGAAACAGUCAGGGACAGGUUUGAGGCUGUUUAGAGUUGCCGCAAAGAUGGACGCUGCUUUGAUCGGUUCGCUCAUCCGCUUUACUCCCCCUCCCCUCAGCGGAUAAGAUCAUAAGAAUUAGGAGCAGGAGUAGGCCAUUCAGCCCUUCGAGCCUGCCCCGCCACUCGACACGAUCGCGGCUGAUCAACUACAUCAACUUCACUUUCUCACCCUACCCCUUGGUUCCUCAAGUGCCCAAAAAUCUACUCACCUCCUAACUUGAAUGCAUUCCGACGAUUGAGCGCCCACAGCCCUCAUCUCUUGUGCAUCGUGUUCCAACGUCAAACUGUCCAGCCUUCACGCUCCGUGGCCUCAGUGUGUGUGUGUGGGAGGGGGGGCCUUGUGUGUUUCGUUUGAAUGUGUGCCGAGAGUUCUGCUGUAACUCAUUGUGACUCCAGCAUCUUGUAAAUGUACCAGAUGGUGCAUUUUAAAUUUGCAAAUAUAUAUAUAUAUAUAUCUACGUCUGUAUAUUGUGGGAAAACGAGCAUUAAAUCACAGGUCAUUCGGAAUAAAACCU